AUGGAUGCCUCUACUCCACUGAAGCGGUCGUCAACUGAUGCCGGCCUGGACUCUCCGAAGGAGUCCAAUCGUUCAGGAGAUGCGCGCACGCCAGCACCGAAGAUCUCGAAAGCCCGAGCCUGUGCAGAGUGCAAACGCCAUAAGAUCCGCUGCGAGUUCAGGCCCGGUGAGACCAAUUGCACCAAAUGUAUUCGCAGUGGCAUCAAGUGUGUCGUCAACGACUUUUCACAGAAGUUCGUCGACGAUGAUGGAGUAUGGAAAUCACAAGCAGCCGCGACCAUGCAGCAACUGCAAACCGCAGUGUCGCAACUUUUGCGACAGGCGGGACUGCCCGAUCUCUCGAGCUUCACGGCCGGUGAUAGCCGUCAUGUCCUUGGUCCCAGCCCAGCAGCCUCCCACCAUAGCCAACGGCCGUCAAUCGAUGCCUCGCAGCACGCAGCCACAACACAUACAAGCCACCAGGAGGGGCCUGGCGUGGUGAUGGAUGUCACCCGACAAAACUCUCCGGAGGCCGACCUCCAAGACCCCGAACUGGUUCCGGCACCGAUGCGGAGUUUAUACGAGGUCACCAAGUUGCGCAAUCUACGAAAUAACCAUGUAGAGGCACCAAAGACAACACUUCUAGAAGAGGAUUUUAUUACGCGCGGAUUGAUCUCCAUCCACGAAGCCGAGGAACUAUUCGCAUACUUCAGUCGCACUAUGAACCAGCUCCUCUGGGGUGGUAUCAUUCUGGUCCAUCGCGAUUUGACCUCGGUCCGUCGCGCAUCGACUCUUCUCUCUGCUGCAGUAUUAACUGUCGCAGCCCUUCACAUUCCUAAUCGUACUGAUACGUUGAAUCGGUGCUAUAAAGAAUAUGUGUCUCUCGUGUCAAGCAUGGCCUUGACUCGAGCCCACACCCUCGACGACAUCCGAGGUCUCUGCGUGGGUGCAUUUUGGCUGUCGGAACUAAGCUGGAAAUUAUCGGGGCAUGCUGUGCGAAUUGCCACUGAGAUGGGUUUGCACCAGAGCUAUCAGCGCUUGACCCGGGGACACAAUGACCAGUAUGAGCGCGCCCAAUUAUGGUAUCUUUUGUAUGUUUGCGAUCAUCACUUCAGCAUUGCCUAUGGGCGGCCCCCCGUCAUCCAUGAGGACGUGGCCAUCCGGAAUUAUGAGGCUUUUCUCGAAUUACCAAUGAUUGUCCCGGGGGAUAUUCGGCUCCUUGCGCAGGUCGCAUUGUUCAUGAUCUUGACCGAGGCCUAUCGGACCUUUGGCAGCGACACCGAGCAAGCAGUCACCGAGGAGGACUUUGGCCAGUUGCGGGUGUACAAUGUCGCGGUAGAUCAAUGGCGACUGCUUUGGCAACCAAGAUCAGCCGAUAGUCCGUACGUGCGAACGUAUCCCUCAAAGGGCGUUGUGCUGCACUAUCACUUUGCUAAAUUCCAACUCAACUCGCUAUCUCUCCGCGCGCUCUCUCCAUCGAAUACACCCGUUUUCUCCAUGGACCGCAAGGAAUCGGCGAACAUUGCCAUUUCGUCCGCGAUGGCCUGCUUGAACAUGGUCCUCGAAGAGCCCGAUAUUCGCGACGCGAUCGUCGGCGUCCCCAUCUUCACGCAUACGAUGGUGACCUUUUCUGCGGUUUUCCUCCUCAAGGUUGCGAUUAACUGGAAUUCGGCAUACCUCAGCAUCGACGCCCGACGAGUGCGGCGGCUGGUGGAGCGAGUUAUCGAGCUGAUGAACUGCGUUUCAGCGGGCGAGCGACACUUGACCCGGCACAUCGCACGGGGUCUAGGCAAAAUGCUAGAACGAUUUGACUCAUGGGAAGCCGCCUGGCAAGUCGGGACAAAUAAUGGGAUGGUGGAUGGGCAGGACGUGCCAGGGGGCGCGAACGCGAUGGCCCAGGGAUUCCCGCCGCCGGACCUGAUCUACGACAUGGUCGGCACGUAUGGCUUUGGGCUCGACGAGAACCUGCUGGAUCCCAGCAUGGCCAAUUUCGAAUUUUUGGCGCAGUGA